GUCUUGCCACACGUAGAGGGAGUCGAUCAAACGUGUGAGUGCUAGUGUUGAUGUUUUUCAAUUGAUAUGAACUAAAGUAUUUUGUUAAAUACGUAAAAUAGGUGACAGCCGUAGACAUAAAGGUAAACAUUUUAAGAAAAUUAUGCGUUUAAAAAUUAACACGUUAAAACAGUCGGCGUAAGAACAAAGAUACAUACGGUUAACAUAGGAUCGGGCAUCUGAUAUGUCUUUAUAAUGUCUGAGGCCACCACUAACGUUACUCCAGGAAGAAAGGGCAAUUUGACAGGCAGUGCCCGAAAGUUAAAGGACAACGCUGCUGACUUGCACAAUCUCAUUCAGAAAUGGGAGCGUUUAAAUGACGAGGGAUCCACGACUGCUGUUAAAAUAGUGAAUUUAGGACUGAACAAAAAAUCAGUCAGUGAAGCUGACAUCGUGAUGGAAGGAGACAGCUCAGCUGAUGUGGACCGUCCAGAAAACAGUCUGAAACAGAGCCAUAAAGAGCUGGAGGAAGAAUGUCACAAAUUAAAGGAGAUUGUAGACAAAAUGGCAAAUAUAGUUUUAAAGAUGGAGAAGAUGGUCCAUGCUGAGCAAGGGAUUUGUGAACUGGAAGCAUUUCAGUAUGGAGAGAAAGGAACACCGGCACCUCUGUUUCACACUUGGUCAACAAAACAGUUUGCUGAAGUAUCUUCAAAGCUUUACGAGUCGUACAAGCAGGAGCUGGCCCUAAAGCAGACUAUACUACAGGAGUUAGCUCACACUCCAAAUGCUGACCUAUCCAUGGUUUAUGUCUCAUCGUGGCUGUAUCAACCCUACAUCGAGGACAAUGGAAAACUGUUAAUGGAGAGUUUGCUGUUGGAAACGGGUCACAGACCUGUUUAACUACAAGAACAGACUUAAAGGAAUAGUCUACUCAUUUUCAAUAUUAAACUAUGUUAUUACUUUA